CUGGCCGGCCUCUCCCGGCAGCCCCCGCGGCGGACCCUGCUUAUGGCGGACGAAGGAGCCCAGCUGCUGCCGUCGCCAUGACUUGCAGUUUGCGGAAGCUGUUUGCCGUGGAAGAGGAGUUUGAAGAUGAGGAUUUCCUGUUGGCGGUGGAGGAUGCAGAAAGCCAGCUGUCCGGCUCCCUGUCCGAGAAGGCGGGCAUCCCGCGGGCCAUUUCCAGUGGACCGAGCGGCCCCGGGCAGGCCGCCCCCCGGGCUCAGAGCCCCCCAACUUUGACCCCCAGCGCGUCUGGGCCCGGCCUGGAUCGGCCGGCCAGGAGGCCAGCCGCCCUCAGGCCUCUCCCCACCACCGGGCCGGGCGGUCCCGGGGCUCGAAGCCCGGCGGCCCCAUCCUUCGCCCGUCACGGGGACCCUGGCAUCAGGCUGACCGCAGGGCACGGGAGGGCCCUGCCCUGCCACGGGGAGCCCUCGUCGAGCCUCAAAAAGGCUCGGACGGUGGAGCCGCCGGGAGUUUGCGGCCUGGACCGGACCCCUCCCCGCGGUGGCCGGGCCUUGGGGGGACCAGGGGGCCUUCCCGCCCCCCAGCUGAGCGGACACGGGGCCCGGCCCUUCCGGGCGGCUCCCGGCCCCGGGCAGGCGGCCCCGUCUCCGAGCCCCCCGGGGGGGGUCCCGGGCCAGACCGAGGGGCCCCCGCUCCAUCAUCUCCACUCCGCGCCGGGCCUCUCGGGACACCCUGCCGUGGCGGCCUCUCACCCCGGCCCCUCGGCAUCGCCCGCCGGCCCCCCGCGUGGCUCCCGCUGCCCACCGGCCGCCCCCGGAGCCCUGCCAUCCCCGGUGGUCACCACCCACCUGGUCCAGCUGGUCACCGCUGCCAACCGGGGGCCGGCCCGCUCCCCGGCCCGGGCCCCGCCGCCGCCCCGCCGCUUCCCCGGCCCUGCCGGGCUCCUCCCUCAGCAGCGCGCUGGGAGAAACCUGGAAGAGAUUGCGGUGCAGAGCCCCCACGUCCCGGCCCACGGGGCCCUGGCCAAGCUGAGAACUGAGGACAUCCCCAGUUCCCAGAAUGCCCCGGGAGAGGACUUUGGCCAUGGUCCCUGGCAGGCCAUGAAAGCUGAGCUGGGGUUGGACGACGGAGAUCCGGCCUGCUUCCUUCGGGCCUUCAGCAUCGUCAUGGUCCUGCGCAAGGCGGCCCUGAAGCAGCUCCCCAGGAACAAGGUGCCCAGGAUGGCCGUGAUGGUCAAAUCCCUCACCCGCUGCAGUGGAGAUGCCGGGGCCGUGUUUAGGGACCCCACGGGGGAAAUGCAGGGGACCGUGCAUCGCCUGCUGCUGGAGGAGCGGGACACCCAGCUCAAGGCCGGAGCCGUGCUGCUGCUCAGGCAGAUUGGCGUGUUCUCCCCCUCCCACCGCAAUCACUACCUCAACGUGACCCCCAGCAACCUGGUCCGGAUCUUCAGCCUGGAGCCUGGGGCGGGGCCCCUCCCUCAGGCCCCCAGGCCUCCCAAGCUCCCCGUGGCUUUUUCAGAGCCGGGUGCCCCGUGCCCACUCUUGCAGUAUGGACUGGAGAGAGGCAGGGAGGCCCCCAGGCCUCCCAAGCUCCCCGUGGCCUCUUCAGAGCCGGGUACCCCGUGCCCACUCUUGCAGUAUGGACUGGAGAGAGGCAGGGAGGCCCCCAGGCCUCCCAAGCUCCCCGUGGCUUUUUCAGAGCCGGGUGCCCCGUGCCCACUCUUGCAGUAUGGACUGGAGAGAGGCAGGGAGGCCCCCAGGCCUCCCAAGCUCCCCGUGGCCUUUUCAGAGCCGGGUGCCCCGUGCCCACUCUUGCAGUAUGGACUGGAGAGAGGCAGGGAGGAACAGCCGGGUCCCCAGCGGAGCCCCUGGCCCAGGGAGCGGAUUGAACAAUCGGGGCCGGACCCCCCAAGGACCGGGCCGUGGCCCCCACAGAACCUCCCUGAAGCAGAUGAGCUGGACGGGCUGCUGGAGGCUUUGCCCGAUGACUUCUUCUCUGCGGCCGAAGCCCCUAGCGAAGAGGGCACGUGACUCCGCGUGCGGCCCCGGAAAGCCGACUCUGCCUCCCGGGACGGGCAUGGGAGGGAGAAUGAGCUGCCCAGGGUUCGAUGGGGGGUCGUGGCCUGGGCCGCACUGGCCGGCGGCGGACCCCAUGGGUGGCCCUGUGUGGGGUCUCGACUGGGCCCUCCUGCCCACCCCGCUCCCUCCACCCGCUGCCAAUGGACUGGCGAACGCUGGCAAGGCACAGGCCCGAGGGGCGGGGGAGCGAAUGCACAGAGUCCCCUGCCCCGUUGGGGUUAACUGGUGACCCCCCAAAGGACGGGAUCAGGCUGCUGAAUCUGAAUAAAGCAGCCCCCUACUCCCCAAACCCCUCAAAGGGCGGGAUCCAGGCUGCUGAAUCUGAAUAAAGCAGCCCCCUAUUCCCCAAAUCCCUCAAAAGGCGGGAUCCAGGCUCCUGAAUCUGAAUAAAGAAGCCCCCUAUUCCCCAAA